AUGUGACCCGGAGCGAUAGGCGCGGGGGGUGCCGGGAAGGUUUCUGAGGCACUAGCGGGCGAAGAGGAGGGUUGCUCCGUUGGAGUCCGAACCACGCGCUCAGGCGGAGGCGGGAGGGAGCCAGCGGCGAGCGGAGCCGACCUAGAUGUGAAUUACUGCAAUGAGUAAACGUAAGUCAAAGGAGACGAGCUCUGUAAAUGGAGAAUGCAUCUCACAGGUACAAAGAAUUUUACGUGAAAGAUUUUGUCAUCAGUGCCCUAAUGGAAAACUGUUUGGGGUUCAACUUCAGUACAAGGAAUGACCUCCAUGGCAACAAAUGUGGUGGUGGUGGUGUUAUGCUAUGGAGAGGCAACCUGAUGGAAAAACUGAAUCAGCAGGAGUUUUCAUUCCUCAGUUAUGGCAGAGAACUGAAAAAGCCCUUACAUCUACUGGAGCUGCUGAAACGAACUACUAUCCAUGGAGAAAGUAACUCUGCACUCAUUAUUGGACCCCGGGGAUCAGGAAAGACUAUGUUAUUAAAUCAUGUCUUAAAAGAGCUCAUGGAAGUAAAGCAAGUGAGAGAGAACCUCUUGCAAGUUCAUCUGAAUGGACUCUUACAGACAAACGAUAAAAUAGCUCUCAAGGAGAUCACGAGACAACUACAAAUGGAAAAUGUGGUUGGAGACAAAGUUUUUGGCAGUUUUGCUGAAAACCUUGCAUUUCUUCUUGAAGCUUUAAAGAAAGGUGACCGAGAUAGCAGUUGUCCAGUGCUAUUUAUACUGGAUGAAUUUGAUCUCUUUGUUCAUCACAAGAAUCAGACAUUACUGUAUAACCUUUUUGAUAUAUCCCAGUCAGCACAGACUCCAGUAACAGUUAUUGGAAUUACAUGCAGACAAGAUAUUCUGGAACUCUUGGAAAAGAGAGUGAAGUCAAGGUUCUCCCACCGACAGAUAUAUUUGAUGAAUUCAUUUGAUUUUAAACAGUAUCUUAGAAUAUUUAAAGAACAGUUAUAUCUACCUGCAGAGUUUGUAUACAAGCCUUUCGUACAGAAAUGGAAUAAGAAUGUUCAGUCUCUUUCAGAAGACAGAACAGUGCAAGAUGUGCUACAAAAUCAUUUCCACUGCAGCAAAGACCUGCGAUCACUUCACAUGUUAUUGAUGCUUGCUUUAAGCAGCAUAACAGUAUCUCACCCAUUUAUGACUGGAUCAGAUCUUCUUGAAGCAAGCAAAUUGUGCAGAAUGGACUCAAAAGCAAACAUUGUACAUGGUUUGUCUGUGCUGGAAAUCUGCCUAAUUAUAGCUAUGAAACAUUUAAAUGAUGUUUAUGAAGGAGAACCAUUUAAUUUUCAAAUGGUCUAUAAUGAAUUUCAGAAGUUCAUACAACGGAAAGCACAUUCAAUGUACAACUUUGAGAAACCUGUUGUUAUGAAGGCUUUUGAACACUUGCUACAACUAGAGUUAAUAAAACCAAUAGAAGGACUGCCUGUGCGUGCUCAGAGAGAAUAUCUACUAAUGAAGCUACUUUUGGACAAUAAUCAGAUAAUGGAUGCUUUGCAGGUCUACCCAAACUGCCCAACAGAUGUGAAACAGUGGGCAACAUCCUCAUUGAGUUGGUUGUGAACUUUCUGAACCUUAUAAAACCAUAUUAAGUUGGAAUACAAUAAAGUGGCUGUACUCCACAUAA